AUGGUGUUUUUUGUGUUUUUGGUGGUUGUCGUUGCUAGUGUUAGUAUUGGUAUUGGUGGUCUUGUUAGUGGUGUCAGUGGUCUUGGUGUUGGUAUUGAUAUUGGUGGCAUUGGUGGUGGCGAUCUUGGUGGCCUUGGUGCAGGUAUUAGUGGUAUUGGUAGUCUUGGUGGUGGUGUUGGUAUUGGUAUUGGUGGCAUUGGUGGUAGUUUUGGUGGUGGUACUAGUGGUCUUGGUAGCAUUGGUGGUGGUGGUCGUGGUGGUCUAUCUUUUACAACUGGUGGACCAUCUUUUGGGAGAUAUUAA